AUACCUGCUUGAACAAGACUUUCCAGGCAUGCGAAUUGGUCCAGAGCCUACCACGGAUUCUUUUAUUGCUGUGAUGUAUGGAGAUGCAGAAGGAAACGUUCCUGGAAAUGCCUUAGUUGUUGAUCCUAAGAAGCCGUUCCGCAAACUCAGCCGCUUUGGAAAUGCUUUCCUGAACAGGUUCAUGUGUUCUCAGUUACCUAACCAGGUACUGAAGAGCAUCAGUAUUAUUGACAGCCCUGGCAUUCUCUCUGGAGAGAAACAGCGCAUCAGCAGAGGCUACGACUUCUGCCAAGUCCUCCAGUGGUUUGCUGAGAGGGUUGACCGCAUCAUCCUCCUUUUUGAUGCCCAUAAGCUGGAUAUAUCUGAUGAGUUUUCAGAGGCUAUUAAGUCAUUCCGGGGCCAGGAUGACAAGAUUCGAGUGGUGCUUAAUAAGGCUGACCAAGUGGACACACAGCAGCUGAUGAGGGUCUACGGUGCACUCAUGUGGUCCCUGGGAAAGGUGAUCAACACUCCAGAGGUGCUGCGGGUCUACAUUGGCUCCUUCUGGUCCCAUCCUCUUCGAAACACAGAGAAUCGAAGACUCUUUGAAGCUGAGGCACAGGAUCUUUUCAAGGAUAUACAGAGUCUCCCACAGAAGGCUGCUGUGCGGAAACUCAAUGAUCUGAUUAAGAGGGCAAGACUUGCAAAGGUUCAUGCUUAUAUCAUCAGCUAUCUGAAAAAAGAAAUGCCUUCUGUAUUUGGAAAAGAGAACAAGAAGAAGGAACUGAUCAGCCGAUUACCAGAGAUCUACAUCCAGCUGCAAAGGGAGUACCAUAUCUCAGCAGGAGACUUCCCUGAAGUCAAGAAAAUGCAGGAGCUGCUGGAGACUUGUGACUUCACUAAAUUUCAUUCUUUGAAACCAAAGCUAAUUGAAGCUGUGGAUAACAUGCUGGCCAACAAAAUUGCCUCCCUGAUGAGCCUGAUCAGACAAGAAGAAAGCAAUAUGCCCACAGAGAUUGUACAAGGUGGAGCAUUUGAUGGCACCAUGGCAGGACCUUUUGGUCACGGAUAUGGAGAAGGUGCUAAGGAAGGAGCUGAUGAAGACGAAUGGGUUGUUGCCAAAGAUAAACCUGCUUAUGAUGAGAUUUUCUAUACUCUGUCACCAAUCAAUGGCAAAAUAUCUGGGAUUAGUGCAAAGAAGGAGAUGGUGACUUCUAAACUACCCAACAGUGUCUUGGGGAAGAUCUGGAAACUUUCAGACUGUGAUGGCGAUGGGAUGUUGGAUGAUGAGGAAUUUGCAUUAGCAAAACAUCUCAUCAAGAUUAAACUGGAUGGAUAUGAACUGCCUGGCACGCUACCUUCCCACCUGGUGCCACCAUCUCACAGGAAACCUUUCCAGACAGCGGAGUGA